UUUAGGAGCAAGUGAAUUUGGAGUUAAAGAUGGAAGAACAGGAAGAGAGUGCAAGAGUUGGAAGUGAAAGCAGAAAAAGAGAGAGAUUAAUUGAUGUAUUGGCACCAUAUAUUCUCUGCAUAAUUGCCAAUUUCUUCUUCGCUGGAUUGAUCAUAGUUGUCAAGGUCUCUUUAGAGAAAGGCUUCAGUCGAUAUGUGCUAGUGCCCUAUGGACAAGCUUUUGGAGCUCUAACUACUGGUGUUCUUGCACUUCUCUAUGAAAGGGAUAAUCACAACAAAAUUAGCAUUCCAAUCUUGCGCAAUAUCUUUUUCAUGGGUUUACUAGGAUCUGUGUUAGCCACGACACUGUACUAUGCCGGACUUGAAUACACAUCAUCAACUUUUACAGCCGUUACAGGCAACUUACUUCCAUCGAUUACCUUUCUCUUAGCAAUCUUGUGCAGGAUGGAGAAAUUAGACAUUUCCCAACGUGGUGCGCAAGCAAAGAUAGUCGGAACAGUUGUUGCAUUUGCUGGUGCUACACUAAUGACGCUAUACAAGGGUAUCGUUGUGGUUUCACUACUGCCUACCCAACACUCGCAUCAAACCUUCACUUCAAAAGCAUCCUUGGACCAAAAUUGGCUAAAGGGAUCCUUCAUGCUUGUCAUUUCAAACCUUUCUUACUCAGCAUUCUACAUCUUACAGGCUAAAACAAUUAAGGAGUACCCAUCACCUAUAGCUCUUACAGCAUUGACAUGCUUAUCAGGCACGUUACUCUCAACAAUCAUGGCAGCAAUUUUUGAUCAUAAACUUUCCUCUUGGAGGUUGUCAUGGAACAUCACCCUUCUUGCUCCCAUUUAUAGUGGAGUUGCAAUAUUUGGAAUUACAUAUUAUCUUCAAACAUUGGUUUCACAAAGAAAAGGUCCAGUUUUCAUGACAGCAUUUAGACCAUUGAGUACUCUACUUACAGCUAUUAUGGGACUACUAAUUUUAAGAGAGGCAUUGCACUUGGGAAGUAUCUUAGGAGCUAUGUUGAUCAUUCUUGGUUUGUACAUGACUCUAUGGGGAAAAGAAAGUGAUAGAAAGAAGAAAUACAUUGAACGUGGAAGGUAUGGGCAAACUACUGAGAUCAAAUUAGAAAAUUGUAAUGAACGUUGAUAAGUACCUAAUGAAGUCCGUAUGAGUUGAAUGAAAUAAGUAGUAGGGCCCAAGAUAGUUACUCAUGCUUUGAUCUUCAGUACACUUGAUAGUUGAAGACUUGGCAGCAACUUUACUCCACCAAUACUAGCAAUAUGGAUUUGAUCUCAUGUAGGUACGUGCUUGUAGAGUUAGAAGAUUACGGAGUCUCAUGGUUCUCACAAGAGUAACUCUCAAGACUUGAAAAACAUGUAUUAGGGUUUUGUUUUUAUACCUUGCAGUGUUAGACUCAAACCCUAAAUGUUUCGCGGGAUGUUGGGCUUCAAUUAAAAUUCUGCAGAUCACAAUUU